AUGAAGGAGCAGCUACAGCUCCUCUCAAAGGAUUCAAUAGAACUCAUCUACCCCCUUCUGCUCCUCGCUCCCCGCUCCUCAUCGCGGCCGCUGGACAUGUCCCGCUUGCGCAUACCUUGUUCCUGCACGCGCGCCACUCGCCGACAAUUCUCGACCUCUCACUCCCGCCGCGAUGUCGUCGACCUGGCGUUCCACAGACACAACCCUCCGGACAAGACCAGCAAAGGACCGCCCAUAAUCCUGAUGCACGGCCUUUUCGGCUCCCAGCGUAACAAUCGCACCAUGAGUAAAGCCCUAGCUAAAGACCUCUCCCGGCCCGUCUACAACCUGGACCUGCGCAACCACGGCGACUCCCCGCACUCACCCGUGCACGACUACAUCUCCAUGGCCAUUGAUGUCGAGCACUUCAUCUCAUCGCACUCGAUCCCGCGGCCGACCCUCAUCGGCCACUCCAUGGGCGCCAAAGUCGCCAUGACCCUCGCCCUGCGCAGGCCCUCGAACUACUCGGCCCUGAUCCCCGUGGACAACGCGCCCGUCGACGCUGCCCUGAAAUCGGAUUUCCACACCUACGUCCAGGCGAUGCACGAGAUCGAAGAGCACCGCCCGCCCUUCACAAAACAGUCCGAAGCGGACAAGAUCCUCGCAAAGUACGAAUCCAACGUCGCGAUCCGACAGUUCCUCCUGACCAACCUCGUGAAAAAGCCCGCAGGCGGAGUCGACCACCAAGAGCGUCACAGAGGCGAGCACAGGCAUCCCCAGAAGACGGAGCUGAGGUUCAGAAUCCCCUUGCACACUCUGGCCAAAUCUUUGCCGGCGAUGGCGGAUUUCCCCUUCAAAGACCCCGAUGAAGCGAGAUACGAAGGUCCGACGCUGAUGGUCCGCGGGACGCAGAGUCACUAUGUUGCGGACGACGCGCUUCCACUGAUCGGGAGGUUCUUUCCGAAAUUCGAGUUGCUCGACUGUGAUUGCGGGCAUUGGGUUAUGAGUGAGAACUUCGAGGAAUUUAGAGCCGGGGUGGUGGAAUGGAUUACGAGGGCGGUGGAUGAAAGGUAAUCAUACUCACGCAUACCUUUGUUGGUUUUUUGGGAUGCCAGCCACAUGGAUGGGGAUAACACUCGUCUGAAAGAUUGAUGAAAGACCCAACUCACGCGAACUGGCUGGCAUUCCGGGAGCAGGUUACUGCGUCUGAUAUGUGGACGAGCUUCUGAUCCUCGUAUAGAGAGCAGCCGAAGACAGAAUAAAAUGAAGCAGUAAGCGCAGCACAGACAUGGAAUUCGCAAGAAGCAGUAAUUCAUCACCACAAUUGCUCUCCAAGGCACAUGGAUCAGAU